AUUUUAGUCAUCUCCAUCUACUUGUUAAAUCAACAUCACCACUUUCAUCUCUAUUUUUUCAUCACCCUUCUAUCAACUACCUACCUAAAUCAUUCCCUCUUCGUUGCCGUAUCACAUCAACGUGCCACAUCUACUUAGACUCGGUGAAAGCAUUCGACCUAUUAUAUGAGUCUAUAGACCAGGGGUGAACUUUGACCUCUGGUUCUCGCUUCUAAUUUGGCCGAGAGCAACGAAAUUCAUUAUCAAGAUGUCUUCCACGCGCAAUACCCGGGCGAGAAAUCGCACAAACGGCGUGAAUGGCACUCCUAAUUCCGCACAGCAAGGAUCUCACCAUGAACCACCAUCAGCAGAUCUGCCUAGUCUAUAUCCGGUACAUGACGGAUCAUAUGGCAUGAAUACAUUUAUCAAUGUGGACUCUGCAAAGAGGCGGCGUGGUAAAAAGCCUAAGGCCGGCUUUAUCAAUGAAGAGGAUGAUGACCGGCGUUUUACCAAAACUCUGCGGGGUGGAGAUGGAAAGCGUUUUGGCAUGGGUGAUGACCUGAAGAAGAUUGUUGAGGAAACUGUGGAUGAAUCCGACGAUCAAGGUCACGAGCAGGAGGGAACUGCCAAGAGGGGAGUUCCCAAGACAGCAAAACAGAACCCUAGCCCAGGCGGACCUACGCCAAAGACCGGCCCUGCUGGGAAAUAUCAACCACCUGUCAGCAAUGGUUUUCCACCCCUUGACCCUGAAGCUGUCCAUGAAGACAUCCGGGUAAACAUUAAGGUCCCAACACUGGGGAAACUUUUUUCUGAAGACGACCAUCACAACAACACCGCUAUACCACCAUUAUACAGGACACUGGAUUAUAGACAUGCCAAUCCCUACUCACUGGUUCAUAACCGUUACCCGUCAGCACCACCUUACGCCACCAGUGAGUUCUUUGCCAUCCCUUCAGGGCAAGGCAGGUAUAUUCCGGGACAGUUCCGCCCUAGCUCAUCGAGAAGUUUCACUGUUGAAAAUGGAUUGUUUGAUGAUGCUACAAUCCAGACACCAGCACAGAACAGAGCCACGUCGGAACCUUACUCCAGUCCCCAGCCUGCUGUGAACGCAGCGCAAACGCAGCAAAAGAAUGCAUCCGAGGCAAACGCAGGUAACCAACCAGUGAUGAACCAGCCAGCAGCAAACCAACAGCCAGCGAUAAACCAGCCAGCGAUAAACCAGCCAGCAGCACAUCAGCCAACCGUAAAUCAGCCAGCUGUAAAUCAGCCAGUCGUAAACCAGCCAGCAGCACACCAGCCAGCAGCAAACCAGCAGCCAGCAGCACAUCAACCAGCCGUAAACCAGCAGCCAGCAGCACAUCAACCAGCCGUAAACCAGCAGCCAGCAGCACAUCAACCAGCCGUAAACCAGCCAGUGGAAAAUCAACGGGCGGUAAACCAGCAAGCAGUAAACCCACCGGCGGUAAAUCAUUACGAUUUCGACUCAACCAACCCUCCCAUCGACUUUAACGCUGAUGAUGGCCAUGAAGCUGAUGUAGAAAAUGAAGAAAAUGAAAAUGAGAGAUCUGAGUCUGAAUCUGAUUUCAUUGACCAAACCCCUCCGCGAGUUCCUCCUUCUACAAAGCAACAAAUUGCACCUCAGAUAGUGCCACAGGCGGCGACGUCGGGUCGAAGAAGGCGCCGAGAUUGGACCCUGGGGGCCUUAAAUGGUUGGCAAAGCGCCCUGGUUGUAUUCCUAAUGGUCUUAGGCAUCGUCUGGACCGGGUUAACCAUUCUUAGCCCUGGGUCUUCUUCUUUAAAAAGCGACGCCUUCCCUACUCGAAACCGCUCAUUCUCUUUCUAUGAUAUCAAGGAAAGUGUUUACAGAUUCGUCCCAUCAAUCCCGAAGUCGAUAAAACCGUUGAUAAAACUUCCUAAAGCGAAAUCGACAUACGGGCGACCAUAUGACCCACCGUCAGAUUUUGUUGAAAAUCUCCACGAGAAGAUUCCUGACAAGGUUUAUGCUAAAGUAGGCAAAGAUGGCAAACUUGAAAUAUCGCAAGAUUUCUGGCAUGCAAUUCGGGACAUGAUCAAGGGAGACCCUAUCGCUUUAACGGUGGAAAAGGCGAAGGAUAAAGGUAUACAUCUCUCAGAGGCUGAGUGGCUCGCCAUUAGAUCCCGCUUAGAAGCUGAGGGGCUUAAGUUGCCCGGUGAGCCCUCGGGGAGCGGUGCCGGAUCAAAAGUUGUGCCGAACGUCGAUCCUAAAGAUACGGAUGCUUUACUAAAUAGCAAGGCUAGCCGCUCUUGGUUGAACUGGCUCAACCAGAAUGAGGAAAUGUUGAAGAAGUCGGUUGGGGGAACGAUUCUUAAUAAGGAAGAUUUCGUGAAACUGUUCCGGGAAGAGAUUCGAUCAUAUCAGCUGGACAUCAAGAAAGAAUUCGCGACAUUAGACAGCCGUAUUCAGGAUAUUGGCCGUAGUGUGGCUAAGCUCCGCAGCUCGGCCAAAGGCUCGGGGCUUAGUGAAAACGAAGUCAGGGCUAUUAUAGACGCCAUGGUGAACAAGGCCAUCCACAACGCAAAACUCGACAGCAUAGCUAGUGGUCGUAUACGCGGCCACACAGACUCGUUAGUCAACCAGGUCAACUUCUUUAGUAUUGGCUCGGGAGCUAUUCUUGAUCCGUCGUAUACCUCUCCGGUCUGGCAAGUCCCCAGGGGAUAUUUCAAGUACAAGAGCAAGGCAUGGUAUCUCCGUGACGGCUACAAACCCCAGCCUCGGUUAUCUGCAUUGGUCCCGUGGUCCGAAGAGGGUGAAUGCUUCUGCGCCGGACCGAGCGUCCUGAAACGGGUGGUGAACACGAACACGAUACACGUGGUAACCAGCCGCGUAAUCAUUCCGCAGAAUCUUGUCGUAGAGCAUAUCCUCCCCGGGUCAACCCUGGACCCCGGUGCGAUGCCCAAAGACGUUGAAGUGUGGAUAUAUAUCGAGGAGAUGUCCCUGAGGAAAAAGGUCAAAGCGUUCUCAGACGAGCACUUCCCCGAGACGCCCAAGGAGACAGUACUCAACGAGGGCUUCGUCAAGGUCGGCCACUUCACGUACGAGAACAGGACUUGGGGCGAGCCGUUCCAGGUCUUCAAGCUGAGCGACGAGCUCAUAGGGCUAGGCGCCAGCAGCCAGAACAUCCUCGUACGUGCCAUCAGCAACUACGGCGCAGACCACACCUGCUUCUACCGCCUGCGGAUGUACGGCGAGGUCGUGGACACGAGACCAUGGGAGGCUGACGGUGUUGAGAACUAGUUAGGGUGGACUAUAAUGAUUUUCCUUUUCCUUCUCUCAUACACACAUAUGGCGGAGUGGGUGCAAAUGCAAACUCUUGUUUUUCUGUUUUUAGUUUCCUAUAUUACGUAGGAUAUAUAAUACGCUGAGACAGGAGAAGCAAAGCAAUGGAGUUCUGGCUUCGAUAUGCGUGAAAACUACUAUAGAGAGAAAAGGAAAAGUUUAUACAGAACGAGCAGGCGGG